AUGGCGACCACCCUGCAGGGCGCGGAGGCGUCCAAGAAGGAAAAGAGGGUGAAGAAGGAGAAGAAGGAGGAGAAGAGGACCAAGUUGGCCAAGAAGGAAAAGAAGGACAAGCAGAAGAAAGAGAAGGAAAAGAAGGUCAAGACGCGCAAGCGCCAGCGGACGGAGGAGGAAGCCAGUGGCGGCGCCGCGAAGAAGGCGCGGGGAUCGCCGUCUUCGGAAUCCACGGACGUGUCGAUCGACGUCGGGGAUAAUGGGAUCGCCGUGGACCCCAACUCCAUUGACAGGUUCCGCCUGUCCGAUUCGGUGAAGGGCCUGCUGAGGGGCAAGGGGAUCGAGUCGCUGUUCGCCAUCCAGGCGCAGACGCUGGACUUCCUGCUGGACGGCUCCGACGUGGUGGGCAGGGCGAGGACGGGCAGCGGCAAGACGCUGGCGUUCGUGCUGCCGAUCGUGGAGAAGCUGAUGGCGGAGGGGGGCGGCGCAGCGGGGAGGCAGCGCAGGGCGCCGGCGGCCAUCGUUCUGGCACCCACGAGGGAGCUCGCCAAGCAGGUUGCAGCCGAGUUCGACUACAUAGGCAAGGCAGGCUCGCUCAGGUCGUUCUGCAUCUACGGCGGAACGCCCUAUCGGCCGCAGGAAGAGGCACUGAGGAGGGGUGUGGAUGUGCUUGUUGGAACUCCAGGAAGGGUGAAGGACCACCUCCAGAGGGGUACUCUGGACCUGUCAAAGCUGAAGUUUCAGAUUCUGGAUGAGUGUGACGAGAUGCUCAACAUGGGCUUUGUGGAUGACGUUGAGCUCAUCCUCAAUGGGGUGGGCGACCGCUCAGGCGUCCAGACACUCCUCUUCUCAGCCACCUUACCCACUUGGGUCAAGACUGUCACGACCCGCUUCCUGAAAAAGGACCACAAGGUUGUGGACUUGGUGGGGACACAGAAACUCAAGGCCUCAUCUACAGUGAAGCACCUCGCUUUGUACUGCCACUGGAGCCAGAAAGUUGGCGUUGUCAGCGACCUUGUGAAGUGCUAUGGGUCAGGCGGUCGCUCGAUUGUGUUCACAGAGACAAAGAGUGAAUGCGAUGAACUGGCUGGAGAGCUGAGCAAGAGUGUAGGGGCAAGGGCUAUCCAUGGAGACAUAGCUCAGCAGCAAAGGGAGUUCACUCUUGCCGGCUUUCGGAAUGGAAAGUUUGGCGUCCUUGUUGCCACAGACGUGGCUGCCCGUGGACUUGACAUAGACAAGGUGGAGCUUGUCAUCCAAGCCACCCUGCCAAAAGACCCAGAGAGCUACAUCCAUCGAUCGGGCCGCACAGGCAGGGCUGGCCGGACUGGGAUCUCCAUAUCGCUCGUCGAUAGGAAGCGUGAGGGUCUUGUGGGUUUGAUCGAGUCAAAGGCCGGCGUCAAGUUUGAGCGCAUUGGGGCACCACAGGCACAAGACAUGGCCAAGAUGUCAGGGGACAAGCUUGUGGCAAAAAUGACAGGGAUCGAUGCAAAGUCAGUGGAGAUGUUCAAGUCUGCAGCAGAGGCCGCCACAAAGGUCUUCGACUCCCCGAUUCAUGCCCUUGCCGCAGCCCUGGCUUGCAUGGCCGGCCACUCCUCUGAGUUCCAGGGCCGCUCGCUGCUGACCGCCCACAAGGACCUCAGCACACUGAUGCUUACCCACACCGGCGAGAUCCGCUCUCCUGGAUUCAUCUUCUCCGUUCUGCACCGCAUCGUCCAGAACGAAGAAGCCGUCAAUGCCAUUCAGGGCAUGACAUUGACUGCUGAUGGGCAUUCUGCAGUCUUUGACGUCCAGCGGAAGGAUCUGGACCUGUUCAAGAAGGCGAUGGCGAGGGAGCUGGCCAACAACGGGGGCAGGGGUGGGAUGGCCCUCACGGUGCCCACCUCCCUGCCAGAGCUCAAGGUGAAGGACUGCCCACCGCCGCCAACGUCACGCUGGGGCAAUGGAGGGGGCGGAAGAAGAUUUGGGUCUGGCAGCUUCCCCAAAGGGAGCCUCGGAGGGGGGAGGGGGAACUUUGCUGGGCGAGGAGGCAGUCGCAAGUGGUAG